GCGUUACUGAUACCUCACAUCUGUCUUUUAUUCAGUUCCCAUAAAUCUAUUUUUCUUUGCUUGAGUCUUGUGAUGUUGCCGCAUUAAAUUUCAAUUUGAACAAGAAGUGUCUCUGAAUUUCAAGAAGUACCAAUUGACUGCUUCGUUAAAAAGCAGUGUUUUCCUAGCCUUGAACUAUUAAGUCAUUGUGGCCAGUUUUCCAGAUCCUUAAAUUGGAUCUAAUGGUUAAAAUGUCUUUACUUCAAUUCGGUAGAUGAAAUUAUAAUGUAAAUUUCUCAGUCAUGCCCGUUACGGAGACCUUUUCUUGUACCUUUCGUUAUGCGCUAGAACUUGAAAUUAUCAACAAGCUUGGCAUUCCAAAACAGACUUUAAAACCUGCUGUUUGUAAACCUGGUACAUCAUCUUCCCAUAUCUGUUUUACUGUCCACAUUCACAGUAAAUCAGGCACAAAUGCGAAGCUGAGUUAUGUUGGUCAAGAUGUCCACAAGAUUCCAUCUGUUUUAUCAAAACUUUAUGGGUCCAGAGUUCACGAGUUGGAUCUCAGCUACAAUUGUCUGACUUCUCUGAGCCAACUUGAGCAUUUUCCUCAUUUGACUGAACUCAUCCUUGAUAAUAAUCAGCUUGGUGAUAGCAUCACUUUCCCCUACAUGAACUUCCUCCAUACACUAUCUCUCAACAAAAACAAUAUUACAGACCUAGAAUCAUUCCUGCGGAAAGUUGAACUUAAUUUGCCGAAUUUGAGGUAUUUGAGCCUUUUGGGAAAUGUUGCUUGCCCAAACCAGCUAUCCAGUAUUGAAAAGGAUGAGGUAGACUAUCAGCGAUAUAGAUAUUAUGUGCUUCAUCACUUACCUCAACUCCAGUUUCUCGACUCCCGACCUGUGAGUCAGCAAGAAAGACAAGAGGCAGCGCAAAGGGGACAGUUCAUGAAAGUUGUCAGACCCCUUGAUCAAAAAUACGUGGAAGAAGUGACAACAGACGGUAUACUCUACACUCCGCUACCCUCUGGAAGAAGAGAAGCAGAAGAUCACCAAGGUGUUUACGGGAAAUGUGUGUACAGGUAUGCCGGUGCUCACUCUGAGGGGAAUCGGUUUAUUCAGAACAACGACCUUUGAUAAAUUUGGUGUAUAGCUUUUUUAUCUGAGCUCCCUGAUUUCUGACCAGUGUUGAUUACAUACCCCUUGAUAUCCUGUACCACUUUUUUCAAAUGAAAUAUGUAAGUAUAAUUGACAAUCAGCAUAGAAUGUAUUAGGAACACACGGAUCAAAAUUAGAUGUGUGAUUAUAGUGAAUCUUGAGAACGUCAGCACAUCCUUAUUUAGGACGAGGUGCCCACCAUUGACAAGGAUAAAUAUUCCCUCCGGUAAAAAUGACUGAUUUGAUUCGUGCAGAUCUGCAUCCGCUGGCUGAUGCUGACUGGCGAAAAGAUUGCCGAGAACAACUCAACCUCCAUGGAGUGCUGGUAUUGCGCCAAUUUUUAAAACCAGAAGUACUUCAAACUAUCAUUGAUGAGGGAAAUACCCUAUCCCAUUUAGCUUAUCGAACUGUAAACAAUCAUAAUGUGUAUUUAAUGAAACCUGAUGAGACAUAUAGUGCUGACCACCCAAGAAAUCGUGAGGUACUGAGCACCAAAAGCUGUAUCACUGAUGAUAUAAUUCCCAUUAGUUCACCUCUCCGUCAGCUCUAUAAUGAUACUCUUUUUAAAAGCUUCCUUUGUGAUGUGCUGGGUGAGAAAAAACUGUACCCAUACGCUGAUCCUCUCUCAUCAAUCAAUCUCCAUUAUGCGGCAGAUGGUCAGGAAUUGGGUUGGCACUUUGAUAAUUCUUCUUUUGCAGUCACCCUUCUGGUACAAAAACCGCGCGCUGGCGGUCUGUUCCAGUAUGUCAGAGACUUACGCAAUGCGAAUGCUGAUGAUAUGAACUACAAUGGUGUUGCGGCAGUGUUAGAAAAUCGUCACUCAGUCAGUUCACUUGCCAUUGAAGCAGGAGAUCUAGUACUAUUCCGCGGCCAAAAUUCAUUGCAUCGGGUUACACCAACCAAAGGCGAUAUAACUCGUAUGCUUGUAGUAUUGGCAUAUAAUACCAAACCAGAUGUAGCCUUGUCAGAAUCUGCAAGGAUGACGUUUUAUGGGCGGGUCUAAAUUUUACAGAAAGAGCCUGCAUUAAAGUCAUCUCUUUGAUUAAUUUUUCCAUGGGUGUUGAAAUUUGCCCUGCUUAUUUUUAGUAUACAUGUUCACAAAAUAUCUCGCUGAAAAUCCGUUGGGCGAAGUGCAAAUACUGAUUGUCUUUUCUUUUGCCGGUCUAGCCAAAAUUAGAAUUAAGUUUAAUUUCUCUUAAGCCAUGAUUGCGAGAAUUAGUCUAUAAGGUUUAUUCUUAAGUUAACCCAGUGUUUUGACAUUUGAUGAUAGAUUUUUUCCGAGUUGCUCAAGAAAUGUAAGAAAUCUUCCAUUUACCCAUGAACCAAAUACAUUUAUGAAUGUUAAAAAUAUGUUCCCUCAUACAAGCUCUCUUUGAUUUUCAAUUUUUUUUUUUUUUUUUUUUUUUUUUUUUUUUUUUAUUUUUUUUUCUAAUCUCAAUUAAUAUAUGACUGACUCUGUAAAAGAGAGUUCAAUUUUGUGAAAGGAAAAUUUGAAAGAGAGAAUGAAAACAAAUGAAAUCAAAUGUUAAGUACAAACCAACAGAGAAGGAUUUAAUGUAAACUUUGCAUUUUUCAAACAUUUCCGUUUUUUCAAAAGGUCACAGGAAGGGAACACUUAUCAUUGAGACUGAUGCUUUUAUUUUUAUUUUUACAAGGAUUAUUGUCUCAGAUUGACCUAACAGUCCGUCUGUAGCGUAUGUGUGUACCUAACAUAUUUUUCAACAUCAUUAUCAUCUGUGAUAUAAUUCACCCUGAGUUGUAUAAGAAUUGUUUCUCAUAAUCUUAAUUAAUAAUACUUUAAUUUAAUAUUAACCAUAAGAUUGAUUAUGUUACGUAUUAAUGGCUUCUGUUAACUUUAUUUUUUUCAUAUUUAGUUUCUGCAACUGUUUUUUUUAAUUAUAAUUUGUCUAUGAGAUUGUUUCCCUCCACAAAAAAUGUAUGGUUGUUUAUGAUUAAUAUCAUCUUUACCUAUUGCUCUUAAAACUACGUAUGUACAUACGCAAUUUUUCCUUAUUUUUAAAGUAUAUUAAGUAAAUACCCUGACUCAAGUAUAUUAUUAACUGUUUAUGCCUCAUUUAUUUAAAUAAAAAAGAAAAAGAGUAA